AUGUUUUCUUAUAUUUCUACAGAGAUUUGGUCAAUCAAUACUUUUGAGAAGAUGAAGCUCUGUCUUCUCUCGUGUGUUUUUGGCCUGAUGGCUUCCACCGUCUACAGUCAGGUCCAUGUGGAUUCUUCUUUAGUACAGCAAGGACCAGCUGGACCUCCAGGACCACGAGGGUUAGCUGGACCUCCAGGAAUACCAGGAAUACCAGGACCAGUUGGACGACCUGGAGUACGAGGAAUGUCGGGGCCAGUGGGACCACCUGGACCUGCUAUGAUGUGUGGACGAGAUCUCUUUGGUUCUGUUGGACAGGAUGUUGAAUUGUUAAUGAAGAUGACCACAAAGCUAGAAUUGGCUGUUACCUUUCACUUUGUGAGGAAGGUUGGUCAUAAAUACUUGGUGUCCAACAAGGAGAGAGGUUCCUUUCAGAAGGCCUCUGAGUUCUGCUCCCAACAAGGAGCCGAGCUGGUCCUUCCCCAGAGUGAAGAGGAGAACAACAAGCUGACUCUGCUGAUUGGUGAAGCUGAUCAAACAGCCUGGAUCAACAGAGAAGGGUUAGAGAGUGAACGUCUGAAGUUUUCCAAAUGGGCAGAAGGACAGCCAGAUGAACCCAUCCAGCAAGAAAGCUGCAUCGUGGUGUCUGAUAAGGGCUACUGGAGAGUGUCACGAGACUGUUCUCUGAACGCCUACAUCGUCUGUCAGAUAUAGAAAGAUGUAAUCUGACAUGUUGUUGCUUAAAAAGGCCAAAAAGAUUAUUUAGCAACUUUUAUCUGACUGCUUUCAUAUCAGUGAUUUUCUUAAUGUAGCUUUAAAGUUCCUGCAGAAAAUAAACACAAUUGACACAUUAAA